CGAGGUAUCGGGGACCCGGCUGCUCUUGUCGGAUCCCUGAUAAAAUCUCCUGGCCUAUUGUAUCAAUUUUGCGACCGAUGGCGAACCACUACUUCCAGAUCCAUGCGUGGAUGCUGGCAGGCGCGCGGGACUAGAAACCCAUUGCAAUUCGACAUGGCGAAUUAUGCGAACCAAUUCAAGGAGCGUGCAAGUACACAUAAAUACACCUUCAUCCCAAAACGGAAAAGAGGGCAACCAGAAGUCUCCCAAUUCGUGUGUCUUUCGAUGCCCUCAUACUCUUGGGACGAACGUCUCUUGUAUAUAUGAAUUUGAGAAGACAAGAUUUCACAGCCACCAAGUUCUGGCCGUUGAAGCUUCUGUUCCAACAAAAUUGCUGUCACCGGAUGGCAGUCAAGCCAACAUAUCAGACCCCCCGUCAGGUGCAAGGCACACUCAUCACUCAUCGGUUCAAUCCACCGCUAUGGACAGCGUCUCCAAUAGCGCGAUCGUGAACGGGGACGCAUCGGAAACCCCCAACCGACCUCGGAUCGAACGUGUUAUUAAUCGUACAAACACAGCACGGCUCCAGAUCUUCAUCAGCGACAAGGGUCUUAAUACAGUGAUGCCAUCCAUGACGGCCGUGGCUGCGACGUCUGUAGCCGAACAUCGAGCCAAAGCAAGCCAGGAUAUCAACAGGAUCAUGGCCGAUUUUGAGCGGUGAAAGCAGACCGGGGACUCAUAAAGCUAUUGGAUAAACAUUGCUGUACU